AAGUGGGGCUUGGGAAGCGGUAGAGCCAGACUCGGCUGCCCGGGGAAAGACCUGGAGAGUGAAGGGGCUGCGAGUUCUCUCUUUUCAGAUUUUUCAGUGGACAUCUUGGAGUGCCCUUUAAGCAGUGACAAAAAUGACGACUCUGGAGAAUUUAGAGACAAAAGCCGCCUUGGCUUCACCGCCAAUUCGAGGAGCAGGAGAUGGAAUGGAAACAGAAGAGCCCCCCAAGUUGGAAGUGACCAUGAGAGGCCAACCCUCCCAGCGCCACUGCCAUCCCCUGAGCCCACGCAAGAAGCCUGGGAUAGUACAGCUGGGCAAGAUUGCUGCUGACAGGGCUGUGGAGGUGGACGCUGUCCGCAUCUUGGUCCCCAAAGCUGCCAUCACACAUGACCUCCCCACCAGCACCAAGGUCCCAACGCUGGCACAUCACAAAGGUGAGUGCCUUAUCCAGGCCGAACAAGCCGGGGAUCCUCGGAAAGAGCUCUCAGAAAUACAGAACUGCCUGGAAAAGCUGCAGGCCUCAGAAAGGAGGUUGAUCAAGGAUAAAGAAGGGCUUCUGAACCAGCUCCGGGUGCAGACAGAGGUCAACCGUGAGUUAAAGAAGUUGCUGGUGGCGUCAGUUGGGGAUGACCUUCAGUACCACUUUGAACGCCUGGCUCGGGAGAAGAACCAGCUGCUUCUGGAAAAUGAGGCCCUGGGCCGGCAGUCUGCACAGCUGUCAGAGCAGUUGGAGCGUCUGGCCAUCCAAUGCGACGUGUGGAGGAGCAAAUUCCUUGCUAGCAGGGUCAUGACAGACGAGCUGACAGGUGCCCGGGCUGCUCUACAGCGCCAGAGCCGGGAUGCGCAGGGGGCACUCCAAGACCUCCUAAAUGAGCGGGAGCAUUUCCGACAGGAGAUGGCAGCCACCCACAAGUUCCUGGAAGAGCUACUAAUCUCCCUGCAAUGGGGGCGGGUGCAGACGUACCACCCAGGCCCACCACCCCACAGCACAGCCGAGCUGGCCGUUGCCAACCACAGACUGGCAGGCGCCAUAAGUUCCCACCUUCUGGGAGACACUGGCGCCGAGCAGCAGAAGGGCCUUGCUAUGGCCGAAUUCUGCAGCAGUCCUGCUGAGAAAAUGGCUGAAACGGUGCUACAUCUCUUGGACCCAGUGAGCUGCACCGAGAGCUCAGGUGACAGCCCCUUCCCAGUGGCCUCACCUGUCGAGUUGAUGGCUGCAAAGAACAUUGGCCGCUUCCAUCCCUACACCCGCUAUGAGAACAUCACUUUCAGCUGCUGCACUCGCUGCCAGGGGGAGCUGAUCGUGCUCUGACCCACUGUGGUGGCUGUGGAGCACUUUAUUCCUUCCAAAAUGCACAGCCUCAGGAUAGCUUCCCUGCACUCAGAAUCCCUCCUCCCCAUCAUAAACAUCUCAGGGUAAGAAAGCUAGGGGGAGUCCCAGGCCUGCAGGACAAUAAGGUGGGAUUCCCAUUUCCACUUCUUCCUUCCCUUCUGGCCUUCAAUCCAGAGUCAAUUAUGUGGCUCUGCAGUUUUGGGGCCAAAACUGGACAAAACAGUCUGUGAGUCCUGCAGCCACAAUUGUCUGUGACUUUUGCUAAUUGAAUAGUGGAAAGAAAUGACGAGGCUUCUGAGGCCUAAAUGGUAGAAUAUUGGGCCAUGGGGGCUGGAGUGAUAGCACAGUGGCAGGGUGUUUGCCUUGCAUGC